AUGAACAAGAAAGAGCCUCCAACAGACUCUGGAAACAACCAACAGAUUAUACUGCCAAGCAAGAUCGUGGCACAGGAAUACGUCAAUUGCUUUUUCGAGCAUGCGAAUAUCACAUAUAGGUAUCUACCUCAGGCGGACGCAUAUGACUACUUGGAUCAGCUGUACGAUGAGGACAGUUCGUUGUUGAAUAACGAUGCUCGAAUGGCAAUUAUCCUCUUGCUCAUGGGCAUUGGUUGUAUUUGGCUAGCUUCCUAUCGGUCUCUACCAUUCGAAGAGUACAAGAUCAAAUCGCACAGAUUUCUUCGAGCUGGACGUGAAAGGCUUGAAAGCGCCACGUCCAACGGUGGUGCAUCCAUCGAGCUUGUCACAGGCCAUGUUCUCAAGUGUCAACUUGAAUGUGCUGCCAGCAGAUUCAGAGAAGCUUGGAUGACUCUCGGUACGGCGAUACGCCUUGCCCAAAUGAUCAGGCUUCAUAGGGAGCAGCAGACAUCAGAUCCCAUUCAUCAGUACUGCGCUAGGGGAUUGUUCUGGGCCAUUUUCAUGAUUGACCGAUAUCUAUCCGUCUCGCUAGGGUGGCCUAUGGCGCUCCACGAAAACGACAUCACGAUACCUCUACCAUCGGAACCCGAUGCUUCCAUUCUGCCACGUGUUGGGCCACAAGAAGCAAAGGUUAUUUCAGGAGUAGUUGCACAUGCCCGACUCACCCAAAUUAUUGGGCAUGCAAUCAUGAAACUCUACGGAGGUACUCGAAUUUCUCCUGAUUCUUGUGAGCAAGCAAUUACUCAGUUAGAGGGAGAGCUUGAUAAAUGGCUCCAAGAUACCCCUUCAUUCUUUCAUCCUCGAGGUGACUCUCGUGAGGCGGGUGAUCAGGAGUUUUAUGACUUGCCUUGGAUCUUUCGACGACAGAGAAGGACGAUACGCUCGGCCUUUCACUUUACCAAAAUGCUCAUUUAUCGUGGCACCUUGCUACAGGAAUUUCUGCACCACAUCCCAAGUACGCCGCCAUUCAAGGAACCAGGCUCAAAGUAUAUUCAGCACUGUGCUGAUAAUGCAUGGGAAAUGGCAAACAUUGCAGCUGAUAUCGCAGAUGACGACACAUACAACAGCGUGUACUGGACAACAUCUCACUUCAUAUUUUGUGCAAUAUCGAUACUACUGGUUUAUCAUCUCUUGUACCAGGGCCCAUUCAGCCGUUCUGAAUUGGAACGCCUGCUUGAAAGAGCCAUGAAAGGCCAUGGGAAGCUUGACAAUGGCCCUAGUCUUAUCAAUGAGGAUUUGCUGCAGAAGUCACCGUUGGAAGCUCGACCGGCUGGUCAGACCGAGGUGCCACUCCGUGACCACACAAACACUGAGAACGCGGCUCUUGACCCAGUGGUUGAUCGAGGUAUGGUUGAAACACAGCCGCUAUCAGCGCAUGGAGCAGUUUCAGUAGACACGCUACUUCCGUCUUGGCUGAAUCAAGCCCAGGCACCAACCAACACCGGAGUCUCCUUUCUCAUUGAACCCGGAGCGAGUGCAGGUCUGGUUCAUAAUUGGUUUUCACAAGGUUUGGACUCCUCUACUGGUGAUGUCUUUGAUAUGAUCAUGGACCUGGGAUUUGAUGGAACUUAUGCUACCGACUUUGGCUCCAACAUGGACUAUGAGUAG